AUGUCAGAUCUAGUUCAAAAUCCUUCAGUGAAGGAUGCUGUAUUGCUAAAUCCUAGGGCUAUAUUUAGUCGGCCGUAUGUUUGGCCUUUCGUUAUCUUGUACUCGAUAUUUUUUCAGAUUUAUUAUAAUCAAUACGACGAGUAUAUUAGGGGACCAGAAUGGACAUUUGUGUAUCUUAUGACAAUCGUGUCAUUGAAUAUGUUAGUAUGGUUGAUGCCUUAUUGGAAUCUUGAUAUCAAUGCCAAGUUUAACUACAUCAGUGCCAACAAGGUCGAAGAAGCUACGUAUAUCAAAGUUGAGCCAGCAGCGAAUUCUGGUAUCGGUGAAAUUUGUAAAAUCAUAAGAGAGAAGUUUCCGGAUGGGAAGAGCCAAGUCAGUUUUCUGUUUCAAAAGCGUAAGCACUUGUUCAAUGAAAAGUUACAGAAAUUUUCACCGCCUGAAUUUUUGUUUGAUCAGCCUCCCCCGUUGUCUGUAUAUCAAUACAGCAAGGGUCUUAGCGGUGAUUUAGGAAAACUUGAAAGAGAAUACGGCAAGAAUAUCUUUGACAUUCCAGUUCCUACGUUUUUAGAGCUUUUCAAAGAACAUGCAGUUGCACCUUUCUUUGUUUUUCAAGUCUUCUGUAUUUCUUUGUACUUGAUGGAUGAUCAAUGGUACUACUCCUUAUUCUCCUUAUUUAUGUUGGUCUCUUUUGAAAUGACAACCGUCUUUCAAAGAAGAAACACUAUGGCUGAAUUUCAGACUAUGGGUAUCAAGCCUUAUCCAAUUUAUGCUCAUAGAAAUGGUAAAUGGGAACAGGUACAAACGAAUGAAUUAUUACCUUCUGAUCUUGUCUCUAUUACAAGAACUCACGAAGAGUUAGCUAUUCCCUGUGAUCUAAUUUUGGUAGAUGGCUCUGCUAUUGUUAACGAAGCAAUGCUUACAGGAGAAUCGACUCCACUCUUGAAAGAAUCGAUCAAACUCAGACCCAAAGAUGACAUUGUCCAAGCUGAGGGCUUUGAUAAAAAUUCGAUUUUACACGGUGGUACCAAUGUGAUGCAAGUAACAAAGCCAACAAAUCCUACUGUUUCUUUGGCCCCAGAUGAAGGAGCUUUGGCAGUUGUUACUAAGACUGGAUUUGAAACUUCUCAAGGUUCUUUGGUUCGUACUAUGAUCUUUUCCAGUGAAAAAGUAUCUGUCGAUAAUAAGGAAGCUUUUUUCUUCAUUUUCUUUUUAUUGAUUUUCGCUAUUGCUGCUUCUUGGUAUGUGUGGGUAGAAGGUACUAGGAUGGGUAGGAUUCAGUCUAAAUUAAUAUUGGAUUGUAUCAUUGUGAUAACCUCUGUUGUGCCUCCAGAAUUGCCUAUGGAAUUGACUAUGGCUGUCAACUCAUCCUUGAGUGCUUUGGUUAAGUUUCACGUCUUUUGCACCGAGCCAUUUAGAAUCCCUUUGGCCGGAAGAAUUGAUGCCUGUUGCUUUGAUAAGACAGGAACAUUGACGGCUGAAGAUUUAGUGUUUGAGGGUUUAGCAGGAUUCAAAGAUGAUGACUCAACCCAUGUGUACACUUGUGAAGAUGCACCAGAGACUACGUCUUACGUCCUUGGAUCUGCCCAUGCCUUAGUAAAGUUGGAUGAUGGUGAAAUAGUUGGUGAUUCAAUGGAACAGGCUACCUUAAAGGCAGCACACUGGGAAGUAGGUGCUAAAGACACCGUGCAGAGAACUAAGGCUAACGGUAAAACUGAAAAGAUUAAAAUAUUGCGUCGUUUCCAAUUCUCUUCGUCAUUGAAGAGAUCAUCUGCCAUCACCUCAAUCAACACCUUGCAGGGUAAGAACUUUGUAGCAGUUAAAGGUGCUCCUGAAACGAUCCGUUCAAUGUUGACUGAUGCUCCAAAUAGUUAUGAAGAUACCUAUAAGUCUUUCACAAGAUCAGGUUCUCGUGUUUUGGCUCUUGCCUAUAAGACAAUUGAUACAAAUGUCAAUGUGACGAAGAUCAAGAGGGAAGACGUUGAAUCUGAUUUGAAAUUUGCUGGUUUUAUUAUUUUUCAUUGUCCGUUGAAAGAUGACGCUAUUGAAACCAUUAAAAUGUUGAAUGAGUCUUCUCAUCGCUGUAUCAUGAUCACUGGUGAUAAUCCAUUGACCGCUUGCCAUGUCGCAUCUGAAGUUGCAAUUACUGAGAAGGAUGUUUUAAUUUUAGAUGCUCCCGAAGAACAUCAUGACAUAUCUCACGGUGAGGACUUAGUCUGGAGAAAUAUUCAUGAUACUAAGAUCAUCCCGUUUAAGUCCACUGAUAAGAUUGACACCGAAUUGUUCAAGGAACAUGAUAUUUGUAUCACUGGUUACGCUUUGAAUUUCUUAUCUGAACACUACCAGAUAUUAGAUUUGAUUAAACAUACUUGGGUCUAUGCCAGAGUGUCUCCUCCUCAAAAGGAAUUUAUUUUGGCUACUUUGAAAAACGCUGGUUACAGGACUUUGAUGUGUGGAGAUGGUACUAAUGAUGUCGGUGCUUUGAAGCAAGCUCAUAUAGGAGUUGCGCUUUUAAAUGGUACUGAAGAAGGAAUGAAGAAGAUUGCCGAGAAUAAGAAGAUUGAAGCACUGAAGAAAAUCUACGAAAAGCAAGCUCAAAUUCUUGUUAAUUGGGGUAAACCACCACCACCGGUACCAGCUCUUAUCGCUCACUUGUACCCACCAGGACGUAGCAAUCCUCACUAUUUGAAAGCAAUGGAAAAGAAGGGUGUCACUAUCACUAAGGAAAUGAAAGUUGCAGUCGAAGUUGCAGAAACUAGCGGAAGCCAAGUUCUUUUCACCAAAACUGAAGGUGGAAACCAAUCGGGCCUUGCUGAUUCAAUCAUGGGAGCCUUAGGCGAAGCUGAAAGUGAAGAUGAAGUACCAGUCUUGAAAUUAGGUGAUGCCUCUGUCGCUGCACCCUUUACUUCCAAGUUGACAAACGUCUCUUCAGUGACUCACAUUAUCCGUCAAGGUCGUUGUGCUUUAGUUUCAACUGUGCAGAUGUAUAAGAUCUUGGCAUUGAAUUGUUUAAUUUCAGCAUACUCAUUGUCAGUUCUUUUCUUAGCGGGUAUCAAAUUUGGUGAUGGACAGGCAACUGUUUCAGGUAUCUUAUUAUCUGCUUGUUUCUUAUCGAUUUCCCGUGGCCGUCCCUUAGAGAAGCUCUCUAAGCAAAGACCUCAAGAUGGUAUUUUCAGUAUCUAUAUCAUGGGAUCCAUUUUAGGUCAAUUUGCAAUUCAUAUUGUAACAUUAAUUUACAUUACCCGGGAAAUCUAUAUUUUAGAACCAAGAGAGCCACAAAUUGACUUAGAGAAGGAAUUUUCUCCUUCGUUAUUGAACACUGGUAUGUUCUUGUUGCAGUUGGCGCAGCAAGUCUCGACAUUUGCCGUUAACUACCAAGGCGAACCGUUUAGGGAAAGAAUUUCUAGUAAUAAAGGUAUGUACUACGGGUUAUUAGGAGUUGCAGCCUUGGCAUUAGCAGGCUCCACCGAAUUUAUGCCUGAGUUAAAUGAAGCAAUGAAAUUUGUUCCGAUGACAAAGAUAUUCAAGACCAAAUUAACGGGCUGUAUCUUAUUAGAUUUAGGUGGAACUUGGCUAGUCGAAAACGUAUUGAAAUACUUUUUCAUGAGGUCUGCUCCAGCCGAUAUAGCUGCUAGGGACUAA